CUUACAAUGUGUCAUCAAGGUUGAAUCUUGGUGAUGAAAGCCAUUAAAUUGCAGCUGAAUCAGCCGGGCACAACUCCCCCUUUUGGUCAAUUGAUGAAAGGUGGUGGUCUCGGCGGCGGCGGCGGCGUAUUGUCGUUAAAUGGGCGGCGAGGAGGAAUGGCCGGAGCCUUCGGUUGCCGGAAUUAGAUUAGUUGACGCGCCAAUUCUUUUCUUUGUCGUCACUCACAAGGCUUUCCGCGCGGAGCUCGAUGCCGUCCGCCGUGUGGCGGCGGAGGCCCCCGAGGGCGGCGCUGUCAGCGGCGAAGUCAUCGUUGAGCUUAGCCGGAGGCUCGAGUUUUUGAAGCUUGUGUAUGAUUACCACAGUGUUGCCGAAGACGAGGUUAUCUUUCUGGCGUUAGAUUCUCAAGUAAAGAAUGUAGUACGGACAUAUUCCCUUGAACAUAGCUCUAUUGAUGAUGGCUUCAGUUGCAUAUUCAACUACUUGGAUCUCUUGAUGAACAAAGAAGACGAUGUAUCUCAGAUGUUUCAAGAUCUUAUUUCUUCGAUUGGUACUGUGCAGACCAUGAUUUGUCAUCACAUGCAUAAAGAAGAGGAGCAGGUUUUUCCUUUGCUGAUUGAGAAAUGCUCGGCCGAAGAGCAGUCUCACCUCGUCUGGCAGUAUAUGUGCAGUGUUCCCACUAUACUACUGGAGGAAAUUUUACCAUGGACUACUUUUUAUCUUAGUUCAGAUGAAAAACUAGAUGUCCUACAUUGCAUAAAGCUUAUUGUGCCUAAUGAAAGACUACUUCAGGAGGUAAUCAUUUCCUGGAUUCAGCAGGAGAGUUCUUCGUCGGGUGCCAACAGCAUAUAUGGAAAGAGGCAUCAACUUCUAACUAGACUAUCCAAUAGGGACAUACAAAAGCUAUAUCCACUUCAGAUUUCCUCUGACCAAGAACAGCAAUUCAAGAAAGCAUGUUCGGUCAGUAAGAGUUAUGUGGAGGAACCCGUCAAAGGUAUUCAUAUUUGGCAUGCUGCUCUGAGAAGAGAUCUCAAUCAAAUUCUUGAAGAAUUGUUCCAUAUAAUAAGCUCAAACUGUUCCUCAAGUGUGCCUUCAGUUUUUGUCCAGCUCAAAUUCAUUGCAGAUAUCUUGAUCUUCUAUAGCAAUUCUUUGGACAAAAUAUUCUGUAAUUUGUCAAAUCUUGAGGCCGAGAAUAGCAAAUCUUCGUGCAAUCCACUUAUAGAUGAAUGCCAGAUUAAAGUUCUCCGAAGGUUGCUGCUCUAUGAAUCUCAAGGUCCGACACAACUAGAAAACUCUGUGGAGAUGCUUUAUCAGGAACUGAAAUCCCUUGUAAGAGGGCUGGGAAAAAACUUGUUGCUUCUUGAAACUGAGGUUUUCCCAUCCAUUACCACAAGUUGCACCAUUGAAAUGCAAAUGUGGUUGCUCCAGGCAUGCCUUUAUAUGAUGCCACUCGGGCUGCUAAGGUGCACUGUUACUUGGUUCUCGUCUCAUUUAACUGAGAACCAGUCAAAAUCUAUUAUAAAGAGCGUAGAGCUUGGAUGUCCAGCAAUAAGUAAAACCUUUACUUCUCUACUAUGUGAAUGGGUCCGCAUUGGUUAUUCAGGUAAAUUCUCAGCUGAAAAAUUUAGGGAAAAUCUGGAAGAAAUGUUCAAUGGCAGAAGCUUCUACUUGGCUGAGCAAAAUAGACAGAAAACUGUAUUCUCUGAUUGGAUGUUCAACACAAAUUCAACAACAAAGAUAAAGAUGUGUGCUGACUUCCCGUCUUCUCCUGCCUCUGAGGAUACAGGAGAGCAUGACACAUUUAAUCCAAGUGAGAUGAACAUCCGCAUAUUCUUUUCUCAGAAGUUCAAAAGAAUGCCACAACUUCACAGAACUCUUGUGGAAGCUGACCAUGCUACUUCCUCGACUCUCAAAUCUAGGCCCAUGGAUGCUGUUUUUUAUUUCCAUAGAGGUCUAAUAAAAGAUCUGGAGUACCUUGUCAGCUUAUCAGCUAAGCUGGCUGCAGAUGUCGGAUUUCUCACUGAGUUUAAGAAGCGCCUCAAGCUUUUGCGUACCAUCUAUCAAAUUCAUAGUGACUCGGAAGAUGGCAUUGCUUUUCCGGCUCUGGAGUCAAAGGGAGCACUUCGAAACAUAAGCCACUCCUACAGCAUCGACCAUAAGUUGGAAUUCAAAUAUUUCACAAAAACUUCCAUAAUCCUGGAGGAGGUGUCUGAAUUGCAUGAUCAGCUCGGAAGCAAUGAGACUAGAGCGCGGCUGGACAAGUUGUUUCUGGAAAUCCAUCAUACAUGCCUGUCUAUGUGUAAGGUACUAUGUGAUCACAUGUAUCGUGAAGAAGUUGAGAUUUUUCCUUUGUUUAGUGAAAGCUUCUCCAUUGAUGAAGAAGAAAAGAUCAUAGGCCAUAUGCUAGGGAGGACGAGAGCAGAGAUGCUGAAGACAGUAAUAACCUGGCUAAUGGCUCAUCUAACUUCUGUUGAACAGCAUGCCAUGAUGUCUAUAUGGCUCAAGGUUGCUAGAAACACGAAGUUCGAUGAAUGGCUACGAGAAUGGUGGGAGGGUAUGACGGAACAUACUGUAUCCACAGUAGAAGAGGGAUCCAGACCUCCCGAUGACCCCCUGGAAGUUGUCUCGAUGUAUCUGCUGAAAGAUGGUGCUCAAAUGAAAAUAAAUCAUAACAGAGAGACCAGCGGGGGGAAGGAUGAAUUCCAGUCUCAAGAUCUAAGCCUAUAUCAAGAUGAGACUGACAAAAAGAAACUCAAUGAAACGGACGCGAUAUGCCAUGAUGUAGCAGAGGUAACUAGUACAGAAUGUCACAAAUUGAGCCACAAGGAGCACCCUCUAAGCAUGAAUCAGGAGGAGCUGGAUGCAGCGCUAAGAAGGGUAUCUCAGGACCCUAAUCUGGAUUCUCAAAAGAAAACAUAUUUAAUGCAGAAUUUGCAAGUGAGCCAAUGGACUAUAAUGCAAAAGAUGCACAGCCAGGAUUCUGUGGGGAAUCAUGAGGGAGAUAUCCCAGGUCAAAGUCCUUCUUAUCGAGAUCCUCUUGGAGCAAUUUUUGGUUGCAAGCACUAUAAGAGAAACUGUAAGCUUCUCGCUCCAUGUUGCGAUAAGCUCUACACGUGCAUACGUUGCCAUGAUGACCUAACAGACCAUUCAGUGGACAGGAAAGCUAUAAUGAAAAUGAUGUGCAUGAAAUGUAUGGUAAUUCAGCCAAUUGGGCAGAAAUGUAUGAGCCAAUCUUGCAAUGGCUUCUCCAUGGGAAGAUACUAUUGCAGGAUUUGCAAAUUGUUUGAUGAUGGACGGCAAAUAUACCAUUGCCCUUUCUGCAACUUGUGCCGGGUUGGGAGGGGACUGGGUGUUGAUUAUUUCCACUGUAUGAAAUGCAAUGCUUGUAUGGGGAAGGGUCUCGUUGUACAUAUAUGUAGAGAGAAGUGCCUGGAGGAUAACUGUCCGAUUUGCCACGAGUACAUCUUUACAUCAAACUCUCCAGUCAAGGCACUUCAAUGUGGUCAUUUGAUGCAUUCAUCGUGUUUUAAGGACUACACUUGCUCUCACUAUACUUGCCCUAUCUGUAGCAAGUCACUUGGUGACAUGCAGGUGUACUUCCGGAUGUUAGACGCUCUGUUAUCAGAACACCAAAUCCCAGAAGAUUCUGGUCGGACUCAGCUUAUAUUAUGCAAUGACUGUGAACAAAGAGGAACGACCUCAUUUCAUUGGCUUCACCACAAGUGCUCAUAUUGUGGUUCAUACAACACGAGGAUUAUCUGAAUUGAAAACCCGGAAAGUUUGUGUGUACACCGGACUAGAUGUAGAUAUAUUUCCUUUACUAUUUAUGCAACUGGUAAGAAGCAAUUGCAAUUUUCAGAAGGUGAAGUUAUUUUAAGCUACUCCAUCACCAUGUUCCCUCUAGUAGAGAGGUUUUGGUAAAACAACUGAUUGUAGGUUUCUGUACUUAAGCUCAAUCAUUGAAUAAAUGAUGAUUUCCAGAUGCAUUACUCUGA